AUGCUCGUGGAGAAAGGAGUCGUGGACCACCCGCUCAUCGUGAUCAAUGGCAGGAUCAAAGUCUAUGUGGCAGACAGGGACAUAAAGGGCGCCCAAGCCGUGGCCGAUGAGCUGAACAAGAACGGCAGCAAGGCUGUCUGGACGGUACAGGCCGACGUUGCAGACUGGGACUCGCAACGCAGCGCGUGGGAAGCCGCCGAGGCCGAAUUCAAGCGGAUUGACUACGUCUUCCCCAUUGCCGGCAUCGGCGAGACCCGUACGUUUCCCAACCGGCCGAACUCGACAGGGUACGAGAAGCCGGACCUGCGUGUGCUCGAAGUCGACUGCAUCGCCGUCAUCUACACCAUUUCCCUGGCAGUUCAGCAUUUCCGCCGCCAAAAGCCCAAUAAAUAUGGCUUCCGGGGAAAAAUCAUGCCGGUGGCCUCUGUCUGUGGAUUCUACAUCCACCAAACCGUGCCUAUAUAUACAGCGGCCAAGCAUGCUAUCGUGGGCCUCGUCCGCUCGUACGGCAAGAUCCUAGCCGAGGAGCACAUCACGCUCAACGCCGUGUGCCCGAACAAAAUCCGGACGGGCAUCUCGACGGCGGCAGUGUACGACAAGGCCGAGAAGCUGGGGGUGCUGGUGCCCAUGGAGAAACUCCUCGAGGCGUUCGAGUCGUUGCUGGGCGCCAACACCAUCUCUGGAGAGUGCCUCGAGGUCGCGCCCAAGCUCGGCGUCCGACUCGUGCAGUUCGUGCCCUUUAUCAACGAGGAGUCCAAGCUCAGCGCCGACAUGACCUAUGACCGCUCGCAUUACCUUCACGAGCCGGUUGCAGAUGACAAAGUUUGA